AUGGUUUUGGAAUAUGCAGACAGUGGAAGUUUGCGGCAUUUUUUAAAUACAAGAUUCAAUGAAUUAAAUUGGUUCAAUAAGAUUACAUAUUUAUGUGAUAUUGCAUUUGGGCUUAGAACCAUUCAUGAAAAUGAACUAAUUCAUCGAGAUCUGCAUACUGGCAAUAUACUAAUAAAUAAUAAUUACAUAAAAAUAACUGAUAUGGGAUUAUGUAAACCUGCAAAUUAUAAUGCAUCAGAAAAUAAAAAAAACUGUGCAUAUGGUGUUUUGCCAUAUAUAGCUCCUGAAAUUUUAAGAGGAAGGAAUUAUUAUACUAAAGCUGCUGAUAUUUAUAGUUUUGGUAUAAUAGUGUACGAAAUAAUUUCUGGAUUACCUCCAUAUUAUGAUGUGAGCCAUAAUAAUCAUUUAGCAAUAAAAAUUUGUCACGGGCUUAGACCAAGAUUUAAUAUUAAGGUACCACAGUUAAUUAUGCAUUUAAUUAAAAGAUGUUUAGACUCGGACCCAUUAAAUAGACCAACAGCAAAAGAAAUUUAUGAAAUUUUUGACCCAUCACAAUUAUCAUAUGAUACAGAAUUACAAAGACAAAUUGAAAAAGCAGAUGUAAUAAAUAAUAAAUUAUUAACUGAAAAUACGCAGACUAGUUUAGAAUUAUUAUAUAAAACACAUUCGGAAGCUAUUUAUACAAGUAGAUUGCUUAAUUUUAAUAAUCUUCCCAAACCAAAAAAUUCUGAUGAUUAUUAUGAGCGAAGUGAUAAUAUAAUAAGCAAGGAAUUUUCAGAAUCUUUACAACUUAGGUUUUCUCAAUUGAAUAUUAAUAAGAAAGAAUCUUUACGGCGUAAUAUUUCUCAAUUGAGUACUAAUGAGAAUGAGUCUUUACAAAUCAACAUUUCUCAGUUGAAUAUUAAUGAGAGUGAUUCUUUACAACUCAAUAUUUCUCAAUUGAAUAUUAAUGAAAAUAGUCAAAAUAACGAAGCUGAAGGUAAAAGAAAAAAAAUUAGAUUAGAAGAUUAGAUUAGAAUAAUAGUAUAAUUAUAUAUCUUUCUGCUACUAUAUCAAAGUUUUACUAUAAAAUUACUCUUUUUGUUAUUACAAUUUAAAAUUCUGCUUAACCUUAAAAUCCAGAUGGACGGGUCUAAUUAUUUUUAAAUGAUUUUUUUUUUUUUUGCUUUUCUAUAGUUAUUUGAAUUGCAAUUUUUUUUUUGUUUUUAUAUAUAUGGUUAAAAAUAGAUGGGAAACUGGGAAUAAUGUUAGGUAGAAUUUUAAGUUGUAAUGAUUUCAUAUUUAUGUUUGCAUCAAUUUUUUUUUUUUUUCAAAUAAAUAACGAUUUAAAAU